UCGUGGGGAAGUUCGAGCGCGAGAGCUCCAUACAAAACAAUCGAGAGGAGGAGGAGGGGGCGGCGGCAACGCGCCCGAUCGGCGAGCGGCGGCGCCAUACGCAUCCCCCUCGCCGUCGCUGGCCGCUUGAAGCAGUGCGCGGCAUCGGCAUCGGCGUGAGUGCAGAUCGUGUCGUUUCUAGUGGUGGAUCGGGUGAUCGCGAUUUGUGAGGGGGAUUUGGAUUUGGAUCGGGGAGGGGAGGAUGGGGGUGCUGUCGAGGCCGGAGGAGGUGCUGCCGCUGGUGAAGCUGCGGGUGGCGGCGGGGCGGCUCAAGCGGCAGAUCCCGCCGGAGGAGCACUGGGCCUUCGCCUACACCAUGCUGCAGAAGGUCUCCCGGAGCUUCGCGCUCGUCAUCCAGCAGCUCGGCCCCGACCUCCGCAAUGCCGUGUGCAUCUUCUACCUUGUGCUCCGAGCCCUCGACACCGUCGAGGACGACACUAGCAUUCCUACCGAGGUGAAGGUGCCGAUCCUUCAGCAAUUCCAUAAGCAUAUCUACAACCGCGACUGGCAUUAUUCAUGUGGAACAAAGGACUACAAAGUACUGAUGGAUAAGUUUCGCCUUGUCUCCACGGCUUUCUUAGAGCUUGGUCAAGGUUAUCAAGAGGCAAUUGAAGAAAUCACUAGGCUAAUGGGAGCAGGAAUGGCAAAAUUUAUCUGCAAGGAGGUUGAAACUGUUAGUGACUACGAUGAGUACUGUCACUAUGUAGCAGGUCUAGUGGGCUAUGGGCUUUCCAGGCUCUUUUAUGCUGGUGGAACGGAGGAUCAGGCUUCAGAUUCACUUUCAAACUCAAUGGGUCUGUUUUUGCAGAAAAUCAAUAUAAUUAGGGAUUAUUUGGAGGACAUAAAUGAGAUACCAAAGUCGCGGAUGUUCUGGCCUCGAGAAAUAUGGAGCAAAUAUGCCAAUAAACUCGAGGAUUUUAAAUAUGAGGAAAAUUCAGAAAAGGCGGUUCAGUGUUUGAAUGAUCUGGUGACUAAUGCUCUGUAUCAUGCUGAAGACUGCCUAAAAUACAUGUCAGCAUUGAAGGAUCAUGCCAUUUUCCGUUUUUGCGCAAUCCCUCAGAUAAUGGCCAUUGGGACAUGUGCUGUUUGCUACAAUAACGUGAAUGUCUUUAGAGGAGUUGUUAAGAUGAGGCGUGGGCUCACUGCACGAGUAAUUGAUGAGACAAACUCAAUGUCAGAUGUCUAUACUGCUUUCUAUGAGUUCUCUUCGUUGAUAGAAUCAAAGAUUGACAAUAAUGAUCCAAAUGCUUCCCUGACGCGGAAACGUGUGGAUGCGAUAAAGAGAACCUGCAUGUCAUCUUGUUCACUGAAGAGAAGGGGAUACGAUUUGGAGAAGUCCAAGUACAACACUACGCUGAUAAUGGUCGUACUUCUGUUGGUGGCUAUUGUUUUGGGCAUGAUAUAUGCCAAGUAAUUCGUCCUUGGUGGUCGUUGCCCUCAGCUAGAUAAUCUACACAUCAGCGCCUGCUCCAAAGCAAAGGCAGCAAGUAUUGACUGACUGCAGAUGGCCAUGGUCGCGUGUUAUGCGGUCGUGAUGCCAUUCUGAUCUUCUGCUCCUUUUAUCUUCGGUUUCCUUUGCUGCUAGACGGAACGUGUGUAGCCUGUGUUUUUACAAAGUUGUAUCUGUUCACCUAGCUGUCCUUGGUUUCUUUCAAAAUUUUGGUGUAAAUUGGUGCGAAAACAUUUGUCUGUGGUUUUGUUAGCUUAUGUAAUCAAAUAUUUUGCUCAGUGCUUACUUUACCGGCGAUCAUAUUCUUUGUUCACUCCAGUAUUUAUCUUUGCAUCUAUAUAUCUGUGAU